AUGUCAACAAGAAAAAGGGCUAGGCUAAUGUCCAAUUUGGAGACCGCUAAACUACCAGAGAAAGAGCCGAUUGAUUUUGAUGAAUUUUUCAUUUCGUUUGUGAAAUGGCAACCUGAAAUUAUUGAUUAUGUUAUCUCUCAUAUUGGGAAGGGUUGUUUGACUAUAUUUCUAGAUUGUGAUGCUUUGGUACCAUUUAUUUUGCCGUAUAUUGAACGACAAGUUGAGAUAGUGACACAUCCUGUAAAAAUUACAGGUCCCCUAGUAUGGGAAUCUUUUGGACUGGAUAAUACAAAAAUUCCACGUCUAUCCAUGGGAGAACUAAAGCAGAUCAUGGAUAAAUAUAAAAUUUGUCCAAAGGAGGCUGUUAUAAUAAACCCUAGACACAUUGUUGCUGACUCAAUUGAAAUGAAAAAGUAUACUUUAACACAGCUGUCGGACGAUAGUUUUACCGAUCUGCCGGAUGACGAACGUGAGGUUUCUCAUCAUCCAUGUGGGAAACAAUUCUAUAGAAAACUUCACAAAUGGUGUUUACAUUACCAGGAAAUUUUAAGUAAAAUUGCGAAUUGGAAUCUUGAAGAAUAUGUUAUGUAUCUGGAUGAAACUAAAUUCAUGUCUAAGCUUAAUUGUUUCAUGAAUUUCCAGUCAAUUAUGUACAAAUUUCCGUAUUUAAAUGAUGAUGAUGAAGAUGAAUUUCAUCAUGAAGCUCAGAAAGGUAUUAUAAAUACUAUUCCAAAUUCAGUUGUUAGUCUUGAGCUCUUUAUGACCCAUAAGUUGCAGAAUUUUAAUUUUCUCAAAUAUUCGUCUUUAAGGAAGUUGCUGUGUCCUAUUGCUUCUCAUAAUCAAAUUAACUUAAUUCCUCCAUGUGUUGAGUCGUUGAAUCUAUUUGUACACAGUUUUAAAGUUGAAGUUACGUUUUUAGACACAGAUAAAGUACCACAAAAUUUGAAGGAGUUUGUAGUUAUGGCAUAUGGAUUUCCUAAUAUUGAAAUUCUCAUUAAACAGAUGGACAAAUUGGAGUCAUUCAAAAUUAGUCAAUACUGGACGUCAACGAGAAUUGAAUCCUUGUGUUUACCCGAUUCGAAUAUCACUAAUCUAGUAUUCGAAUCAUGUUGCUUUGAUGACUAUUCAUCAAUUAGAAAAUAUAAAGGUUUGAAGAUAUUAAAAAUUAUUGAUUCAUUUAUUUUGCCGAAUUUGCUUGUAUCGAAGGAUGAUUUCCCAAACUUGAAGACUUUUGAGUAUCGCCCCGGUAAUUAUAGAAACGAAGACCCCCCAGAAUCAAAUGCAAUAGAUAGCAAAGUAAUUUUCCCACCAAAUUUAAGUAAUCUCCUGUUAGAAGGUGAUAUAACCAUAGAGGACUUGGUUCUUCCAAGAAACUUACAAAUGCUAACAUUAAAGGGUACUAAAUUUCCCAGAGGAAUUAAGCUCCGCUUUCCUGAUACGCUUUUCCGUUUAAAAAUUUUAAUGACUACAAUUACAAGUUUGAAUGGUGUACUUUUUCCAAAAAAUUUACAAGUUCUUAUUCUCACAGAUAAUAGACUUUUGAAGUCCAUGACGAAUACCAAUUUAAGCCGUCUCGAACACUUAUAUAUUGUUGAUUUUAGUGGAACUACAAUUGCUAAUCAAGACAUGCCCAGUGAGACCAACAAGUACAAGUAUAAUAGUUUCACUGCUCCAAUCGAAGAUCGUGGAUAUGGAUAUUAG